AUGACUACCACUGACAUGACUACCACUGACAUGACUACCACUGACAUGACUACCACCGACAUGACUACCACUGACAUGACUACCACCGACAUGACUACCACCGACAUGACUACCACCGACAUGACUACCACUGACAUGACUACCACUGACAUGACUACCACUGACAUGACUACCACUGACAUGACUACCACUGACAUGACUACCACUGACAUGACUACCACUGACAUGACUACCACUGACAUAACUACCACUGACAUGACUACCACUGACAUGACUACCACUGACAUGACUACCACCGACAUAACUACCACUGACAUAACUACCACUGACAUGACUACCACUGACAUGACUACCACCGACAUGACUACCACCGACAUGACUACCACCGACAUGACUACCACUGACAUGACUACCACUGACAUGACUACCACUGACAUGACUACCACUGACAUGACUACCACUGACAUGACUACCACUGACAUGACUACCACUGACAUGACUACCACUGACAUAACUACCACUGACAUGACUACCACUGACAUGACUACCACUGACAUGACUACCACCGACAUAACUACCACUGACAUAACUACCACUGACAUGACUACCACUGACAUGACUACCACCGACAUGACUACCACCGACAUGACUACCACCGACAUGACUACCACUGACAUGACUACCACUGACAUGACUACCACUGACAUGACUACCACCCACAUAACUACCACUGACAUAACUACCACUGACAUGACUACCACUGACAUGACUACCACUGACAUGACUACCACUGACAUAACUACCACUGACAUAACUACCACCGACAUGACUACCACCGACAUGACUACCACUGACAUGACUACCACUGACAUGACUACCACUGACAUGACUACCACCGACAUAACUACCACCGACAUAACUACCACUGACAUGACUACCACCGACAUGACUACCACUGACAUGACUACCACCGACAUGACUACCACUGACAUGACUACCACUGACAUGACUACCACUGACAUGACUACCACUGACAUGACUACCACUGACAUGACUACCACUGACAUGACUACCACCGACAUGACUACCACCGACAUGACUACCACUGACAUGACUACCACUGACAUGACUACCACUGACAUGACUACCACUGACAUGACUACCACUGACAUGACUACCACCGACAUGACUACCACCGACAUGACUACCACUGACAUGACUACCACUGACAUGACUACCACUGACAUGACUACCACUGACAUGACUACCACUGACAUGACUACCACUGACAUGACUACCACCGACAUGACUACCACUGACAUGACUACCACCGACAUGACUACCACUGACAUGACUACCACUGACAUGACUACCACUGACAUGACUACCACUGACAUGACUACCACUGACAUGACUACCACCGACAUGACUACCACCGACAUGACUACCACUGACAUGACUACCACUGACAUGACUACCACUGACAUGACUACCACUGACAUGACUACCACUGACAUGACUACCACUGACAUGACAACAGAG